AUUUUGGCUUAUUAAUGUGCAGUUGAAUUGUCUAUUUUUAGCGUCCGGUAUAUAAUGUCUAAUUUCGUGUGACAUAGAAGGCAGGCCGAAUAACUUGCCAUCAACGAUUAUCAAAUUCCACACUUAGCGUUGAUAAAGUCGUUUUUAUGAAGUAAGAGCUUUUAAUUUCAUAUAAAACAACAUCUUUCUGGAUUCGUAUACCCUUUAAAGCUGAUUUGACUAGACCAAGAUAUUUUUUUCAAGGAAGUCUUAAAAGAAGUUUCGAACCGACAUUUGAUAAAAAAAAAAGGAAAUAUGUAUUCAAUGAGACUUUCAGCAACUUGGAAAUCUGUUCCCAAAAUCGCGAGUGCCAGUUCGAAGAGAUAUUUGCAAGGACCACCGGGUGGAUUCAAGAGACCAUCACCGCCUCCGCUCAGCAAAGAAGAACAAGAAGAAUGGAAUCAUUUACAAAAGGAAUCUAGUCAGCGACCCGUUGAUGUAGCUCAACGCACGAAGCUUAAAGAUUUUGAAGGGGACGUGAAUCCUGAGACAGGAGAAGUUGGAGGACCGAAGAAAGAGCCGACGAUUCAUGGCGAUUAUUCGUAUGGAGGAAGAGUUACGGACUUCUAAUGAAGUGUUUAUGAAGCGGCAUUUUCAAAGCCAUUAUGAAUUGCGCUUAUGUAUAAAAAUAAUAAUGAACCUAAGUUUGAAAGCUGGAAGGAGAGUUAUGGUGAUAAAAAAAGACAGUAAAAUGGAUAAAGCAGUAUAUUAUCAGGAAACAGGUUUGACCUUUUUUAUUACAAGAGGGAAAGAAAUUGUAAAAUAAUAGAUAGAACAUAGACACUCGUACACUUUGCCAAAGUAAAAGGAGGGACGUUUGGUCACUAAUAGUACUCAAAUGCUAUUCAACGUCGCCUUUUUUUCUGACAUGACAAACAGUUUAUUAUGAGGUAUAGCGAAAUAUUAACAGAAACUAUGCUAAUCCGCC